CACUAUUUCCGCGUUUAUGUUUUGUUUCCGCAAGAGGCGUUACACGAGUUAGACUUACAACAGUUACUACAGCAAGAUAUUUACAUAAUAAGCAAUAUCUUUUUUAGUUAUACAGCCAUGUCAGACCGGGGCGCUUUCGAUACUAAUGUUGUAACUUUGACGAGAUUUCUGCUUCAAGAGGGCAGGAAAGCCAAAGGCACGGGCGAGCUGACAACUCUUCUCAAUGCAAUGUGCACGGCUAUAAAAGCAAUCUCGAGCGCUGUAAGGAAAGCAGGUAUCGCCCACCUGUAUGGCAUUGCUGGAAGCACCAAUGUGACAGGUGAUCAGGUGAAGAAGCUGGACAUCCUUUCCAAUGACCUUGUCAUCAACAUGAUCAAAUCAUCCUACACCUCAUGUGUAAUGGUGACAGAGGAAAAUGAAAAUGCUAUAAUCGUCGAGCCUGAUAGACGAGGUAAAUAUGUGGUUUGCUUUGACCCUCUGGAUGGCUCAUCCAACAUUGAUUGCCUUGCUUCCAUUGGGAGCAUCUUUGCCAUCUACAGAAAGUGCACAGAUGGUGAACCAUCAGAGAAGGAUGCACUGCAGCCUGGGAGAAACAUUGUAGCUGCUGGUUAUGCGCUGUAUGGCAGUGCCACCAUGAUUGUGCUCUCUACUGGUCAGGGAGUGAACUGCUUCAUGUUAGAUCCAGCGAUUGGGGAGUUCAUUCUGGUGGAUAAAGAUGUGAAAAUUAAGAAGAGAGGAAAGAUCUACAGUCUGAAUGAAGGUUAUGCCCUUUAUUUUGAUCCUGCCGUCACAGAGUACCUACAGAAGAAAAAGUUCCCGGAGGAUGGCAGUGCACCCUAUGGAGCCCGUUAUGUCGGCUCUAUGGUAGCCGAUGUGCAUCGGACCCUGGUGUAUGGAGGAAUCUUCCUUUACCCUGCAAAUGUGAAGAGCCCCAAAGGAAAGCUUAGACUUCUCUAUGAAUGUAACCCCAUGGCCUUUAUCAUGGAGCAAGCAGGAGGAAUGGCCACUACAGGGGCCACAAACAUUUUGGACAUCCAGCCCGAGGGCAUCCAUCAGCGUGUACCUGUGGUGAUGGGUUCCCCUGAUGAUGUCCAGGAGUACAUCUCUAUUUUUCAGAAACAUCAUAAAUGAAGAUUUAAACACAGAAUGUAUGCAAUAUACAGAACUCAUAAAAUACUUGACACUCCAGAAUAAUACACCAACAUUCUUGCUCUUAAAAUUUAUGUAGAAUUGAGAUCCUACUUCAAAAACCAAAUGUAUGUAUACAUUGAAACAUUAAAACAUGUUGGGACACUUAUCUUUACAUUAUAUUUAAUAUUUACUCUGAAAACCUUAUAGACCUUAUUUUGGAUGGAUGAUAGUUCCAUUUGUUGUGCCUUAAUGGUCUAAUUGGAUCUCUUUUUUUAUAAUCAAGGUUUUAUUCCACUAGACUUUUUGGGGGUGUAAAUUCAUAUUUUUAAUGUUGUAUUAUACUGGAAAUAUUUUGAAAAGAUUGUAUAUCUAUCACAGCCUGGUUUGUAUUAAAUUGAACAUAAUCUAAGGUUUAAGGGUUACUUCAUUAGUCCAGAGAAUCUGUGUUAGUGUUAGUGGCUGCUGAAAUUAAAAUCGGCUUGCCAAAAAGACCAAAGCAACUUUAUAGCAGUAGCAAGGAUUAUCUGAAAUUAAAUCUUCUGAUUUUAUAUAAUCUGAUCUUUAUAUCUGACUGACUGUGCAUACCAAAUAAUACUUUUUUUGAAGAUUGUUGAGAACAACUGUCAAUAAAUCUCUUGGAAGAAAA